AUGGCGGCGAGUAAAAUAAACGUGCUCAUCACCAGUUUCGCUGGAACUGGCCUCCCUCCGACCCUCUCUCUUGCUUUGCCACCAGCAACGCCCAUCACCACCCUCCUCGACGAACUCGACAGCCGGCUGCCCCCAUCCGCCACUACCUCAAACACCCGCCUCUUCCUAACAACUCUCUCCAACCGCUCCAUCCCGCUGACCUCCACUCUGCCCAUCUCCCACUACCUCCCCACCACCGAAGACCAUUCCACCCGCCACCUCCAAAAUGCCACCACAAACAACAUCCUCUCCCUACGUCUCUCAGCCGCCCUACCCGGCGGCAAGGGCGGUUUCGGCUCACAACUCCGGGCGGCGGGCGGGCGCAUGUCGAAGCGCAAGAAGGGGGCGGGGGGCGCGGAGGAGCAUGGGUCGUCGCGCAACCUGGACGGGCGGCGGCUGCGCACGGUGACGGAGGCCAAGGCGCUGGCCGAGUACCUGGCCAUCAAGCCCGAGAUGGAGCGGCGCGAGAAGGAGAAGCGCCGCCAGCGCUGGCAGGAGAUCGUCGAGACCACGGAGCGCCGCCAGGACGAGAUCAAGUACGGCAGCCGCCAGGUCGGGCUGGAUGGGAAGUGGGUGGAGGAUAAGGAGGAGGCGGGCGAGAGGACGCGUGAGGCCGUGUUGGAGGUGAUGCGGAAGGGGGUGUAUCGUGAUAAUUUAGUUGGGGAGCGGGGUGCUGGGGGGAGUGGGUCAUCGGCGGAUGAAGAAGGGGAGGAUGAUGAGGUUAUGCAAGAUGGGGACGGGGAGGGGAGUGGUAGUUCGAAGGCGACCACUCCUCCUUCGGAUCUGGAACCGGCGGCUGAUGUCAAGGGAAAGGGAAAGGAGAAAGAGAAGGAUGUUGUGAAGACGAAUGGUAAUGGAAACGGAAAGGGGCAGGCGAGGAAGUUUCUUGGGUUUGAUGAGGAUGAUGAGUUUAUGAGCUCGUCUGAUGAGAGCGAAGGCGGAGGAGUGGAGGCGUAA